AUGCUAUUGGAUGUGGCCAGAGAAGGCAAAGGCACCUUUGCAUUUAUUCCUGAUGCCAAAAUUGUGGGUACUUGUUUCGUAAAUUUUGUGGCCAAUGCUUGUACCAACUUAGCAUUGGAUGCCAAAGUGCAUUUGGAACCACAAAAUGGGGCUAUUUUCCCUCCUGUAUUGCAUUCUUCCUUUCAGCGAGUGCCUUGGGGUUUGGUCUUUGAUUUAGGACCACUACACUUUGGUAGUCAUCGAGAUCUGAUUGUACCUAUGAAGAUUCCCGUCGGUGUUCACGACCAUCACCAUCCGUUUCUCAAAGUCACUCUGGAAUGGAACUCUGAAAACAACAACCACAAAGAAUCCUUGAUUGGCUCUGAUUUCGUGGUGACUGCCGACGCAUUGGCUGCUUUUGCUCGUAUGUCCAGUGUUCAUUCAUUAGAACAAGUCAUCGACAAGUGUGAUGCUACCGACCCAGCCGGACCUAAAAUCUUGAAAACUCUGAUUGGACAACUCAUUGGAUUGGAAGCGACAGCGAAAGAUGCUCGUAUUACAGCUUUGUUGAAAGGCGAUUUGCAAGAAAGAAUCAGCAAAGCCGUUUCUACUGUGGAACGAUACCAACGAUGGGGAGCGCACUAUUUGCGAGCGAUUUUGAGAUCGCAUGAAUAUCAAAUGAGGACCAAUUUCAUGGACCCAGGUCUUCAAGUCUAUGGCGGUGUUCUAUUUUCCGAAUUAGUUCAUUCUGGUGGCGAGAUUUUUAAAGGAUUGCCUUUGAAAAAGUACUCUGACCGUGAUGCCAACAGCAACAGCAACAACAAUAACCGUAACAACAAUGCUAUAGCUGCUGCUGUGCCUGUAGCUGAUAGUUAUUAUGCUGGAAACUGUGGAGGUUGCUUCAGUGGGGAAUGUGUUGUGCAAUGCAAAGAACAAGAUGGAAUGGUCAGAGAGAAACAGCUCUCUCAGGUUCGUGAUUAUUUGUUUGGUUGAUUUGUUUUUUGUUUGUUUGUCUUCAUUGCAUUGUAUUGCGUUCUUUUUUUCUCCUCCAGGUUCGUUCUGGCGAUUGCUUGCAAGUCGUUGAUGCUGCUGGUUAUGUUGGUUUUUCUCCCGUCCUCUGCUUGGUAGAAUUUCAAGGACGCUUUGAUUUGCUUGUUUUGCCUUUUUCCCGUUUGGCUCUCACACCGACGCAUCCUCUUCGAAUGCAAGGUUCUUUCGUUCGACCUUGCGAUCUGUCAUUCCCUAUGAAUGAUGAUCUGGCUGCUCAUCAUACUGAGAUGCCUUCCUCUUUGAUCGUGGAUCGUGUUUUCAAUGUGGUCUUGCAGCAUUCUCAUGUUUUGCUUUGCAUCAAUGGCAUGGAAGCGGUUACGUUGGGUCAUGGAUUUAUGCAAGCCUUUCAUCCGUUUUAUUCAACGAAACAAGUGUUGACGACGUUAGAACAAAGACUAGGGUGGAAAAAAGGUCAUGUCAUCGUGGCUCCUAAUCAUCCUUUGCGAAAUCAACAUGAAUAUUAAAAUUCAAAAACCCAAUUUGGGUGGGGCAGAUGGCUGCUCUUUCUCUCCGAGUGUUUUUGUUGUCUUUUUUUGUUUUAAUGGUUUCCAUUUCCUUUUGGUUCAAAGGCUUGAAUACUUGUGAUGGCUUUGCCCAAGAUCAAGGCGUGAAUGUUCUGUGUGACAAAAGGAAAAAAUAAAAAAGAGAAAGAUAUGAAAAAAAAUUGUUUAAUAAUAAUCAUAAUAAUAAUUAAUAUAAUGAACAAAAAUAACAAAAACAAAGAAAAUAAGCAUUGCACAAUCCAUCACAUGAAAAAAUAAAAAUAAAAAUAAAAUGAACAAGCCAUCGUUGUUGAUUCGUGUGUGAUUGUGAGUGAGUGUAUUUGAAUGGGGAGGGGGGGGGGGAAUUGUUUGUUUACCUGAGUUCCUUCAUACGUGAUGACUGAUUCUAGGUUCAUCACAUGACGAAUGAUGUGAUAUUCAUCGGAAAUACCAAUUUCACCGAGCACUGUGUAAAGGGGGAAAGAAAGAAAAAAUAUAUAUGUGAAAAACAAUGACAAAAAAGAGAGCUACCAAUAAAAACAAUAAAUAAUAAUAAUAAUAAUAAAAAGAGAGCAAGAGAAAACACAUACUGUCUCGAGCUUUUCUGGCAAUGCCAAUCGCUCGCUUGGUUGAACUUCGCUUAAUGAGGCUGAUCAUAUUCGCGUGAGCUUCGCCUUGAUCUUUCAAUCAUGAGGGUGUGAGGGUGAGAGGUUGAGUUUUAUUAAGAAUUAUAAGAAAAGGUUUUAGAAACCGUCAUUUUGCUUAUCCACGAAGUUAUGUACAAGAAGAAUAGACCUGAAUAUCCACAGUGAUAUGUCUUAACAAGCACGUAUGACUUGAAAAGAAGGAUCAUAGAUUAAGGGCUAGGGGACGAUCCUAGCAACUCCUGAUAAUCGGUCAGUUGGUUGACCUCGGAAACUAUUUUUGAGUAAAGUGUGCAUGUUUGACUGUUUUUCGAUAACGUCUAUUUUGUUUUAUUUAUUUCUGAAAAAUGAGAAGAUCUGUGCACCCUGCGUCGUUCUUUCACUGAAGUGACUUAUAAGUUGGCCGAUAACUCUGUGUUUUUUUCAUUUCAGCAAAGAAUACUGUCUAAUGCAUGUGUACAUUCAGUGAAAGCUGUGCUAUUAAUGCGCGAUUUCGACCCUGCUAAAGGUCUCAUCAGAUUGCUUGAACUCAUCCCCUCACCUCAAAAGAAUCCUUGUUAAGUCUAGAUAGACCGAAUACUGGACCCUCAAGAGAUUCACUUGUUCUUUUACUACGGUAGAAAUCAAAUCUCUUCUAAGUCAAAUAAGACGAGAAGAAGAUCGUCAGUCUACAUACUUUUAAUGACAAGUAUUCAAUGCAGGAAUGAGUAGAGCUACCAUGAUCGCUAUUUAUAUACUCACUUAUAUGUAUUUAAAAUCUAAAGUAAAAAGUCAGCAAACCAAAAUAACGACAUAAGUUUGAAAUUUUAUGUAAAGAAAAACAAUUCUAACAAGUCUAAAAUCGCACAAGCUUGAAGUCUUCUAGGUCGAGAUAUUUCAGUACGAUUCGAUCGUAGAAUCCGAAUAUUCGACCACACCAACAAAUGCCAACAUUCAUUGUGAUAUCACAAGACAUUGACCAUUGGUAUUACAAUCCAAAAGGUAAUCGUUGACAUAUUGCUGUAUAAUUUCACGAUCGAUCGCUAUACAAACAUGAGAUAACAUUUUAAUCAAUGUAACUACUUCAAUUAAUAUUAGGGUGUGGUUGUGGGUGUGGGGGUGGGGGUGGGGGUGGGUGGGGGGGUGGGUGUGGGUGGGGGUGUGGGUGUGGGUGUGGGUGUGGGUG